GAUAAGAUAAACAUUGGAACAUAAAAUCAAUUCCAUCCAUUCAUGCCGCUUUCUCAAUUAGUUAGACCCAGUCUCUUUUUGCGUGUGGUCAUGGCCGAGCUUCCUCAAUUUGUGCACGACCGCGUGGCGGAGAUAGCAGUGAAGCAAGGAUUCACGCAGAAUGAACUCAACGUGUCAUUCGAAUCCGGUUCCAGCAAAGGCGACGGCUUCGGAAGUGACUUAUUCCGAGCGAUCAUUCAACAAGAAGGACAUGAUCGGUUGGUCGUUCUUUGCAAGCUGCCUCUUCUGAACGACGCUCGCCGACGGCAGUACAACAGUAUGCGCGUUUUCGAACGAGAAAGCUUGGUGUAUCACAGCUUGUUACCAAAGAUAAUGGAAUUCCAACGAGAUAAGGAUAUUCCCGAAAACGAAGGGUUCUUUAGCGUUCCUAAGUGCUACUUGGCAGCAUGUGAUGUGCAAAAGGAGGAGGCCAUUAUUGCAAUGGAAGAUCUGCGCGAUCGAGGCAUGAAAAUGUGGAAUAAACUAACGCCGGUCAACUACGAACAUGUUCGGAUGAUUAUGAUUCAGUUGGGCCGGUUUCAUGCUGUGUCGUUUGCAUUGAAAGAUCAGCAUCAGGAAAUGUUUGAAGAGUUUAAAAUUCCAGAUUUAAUGACCAAAGCUUUAACAGAGAAUGAAGCGAUAAAAGCGUUGGUGAAUGCCACCAUGGAUAGAACGAUUGGAGUGUUAGAAGAUCAUGAAGAUAAUGCACGACGGAAAAUGACGACUUUGAAGGAAAACUACUUCAAAGUGGUUGGCAACUGUUGUGAAGGUGCAACGGCGGAACCUUUCACCGUGUUGGUACACGGUGAUUGUUGGGUGAACAACAUUAUGUUCACAUACAAGAAUAAGAAACCUGUCGCUCUAACUCUACUGGAUUGGCAAGGAACUCGCUACGCUACCCCGGCUCUAGAUUUGGCCUAUUUUUUCUUCUGCUGUACGGAUGCACCAUUCCGGCGAAAGUAUUACGACGAAAUGCUUCGCGUGUAUCACAACUCACUCAGCGAACUAUUGGAAAAACUCGGUGGUGACCCUGCUAGACAGUUCCCGUUCACAGCUCUGCUAAGGCAGAUGACUCGUUACGGAUGUUAUGGCGUUUUGAUGGCUAGUUUCGUCCUUCCAGUAAUUUGUACGGCUAACGAAGACAUUCCCGACUUAGAUGCAGCAGCCAAACAUUAUCUGGAGUCUCAGGAAAUCGAAGCAAAUAGCUUUGCUAACAGCGGCUCUGCUGAGCAAAACUAUCGCAAUCGGAUGGCCGGGGUGAUACGCGAUAUGGUUCGAUUCGGAUAUAUCUAAAUUUUGGAUUGGUAAUGCAUUACGAACUUUGAAUGUGAUUUUAAAUGUACGUAUGAACGAUGGCCUAGGCGAAACAAAGGAAUGCUAGGCUGAAGAAGGCCCUGAAGAAAUAAAUAAUCAAUGAUUUAUAAAUAACUA